GGCUGCUGCUGCAGCGGCAGCAGCAGCAGCCCGCGUGCGCGCGCCGGGCGGAGGCGAGGGAGAGCGGCGGCGGAAGCGGGGCGGACAGAAGGCAGGAGCAGCAGCAGCAGCAGCAGCAGCAGCAGCAGCAGCAGCAGCAGGACCCCACGGGGCAGCGCGGGGCGCAGCAGCAAGCAGCAACUGGGGCCGCAAGAGUCAUUUCUGGGGCCCGUUGA